GUGGCCGCCUUGAGGCUCACUGCCUCGCCGUGCCUCGCCGUGCCUCGCCGUGCCUCGCCGUGCCUCGCCAUGGACGCCUCUCCCGUGCGACGGACUCCCGCAGACUGCCCGCAGGCGCCACGCCGCGCCUCGUGACUGGCCGCGCCCUCGGCCAUGGCGGCCACGGAGGCCGUGCUGCUGCAGGACAGCGAGGAGGCGGGCCCGCGCGGCCCGCGCCGCGAGUACCGCGAGACGCACCUGUCCAUCGCCGUGCAGGUCUUCAUCCCGUUCCUCAUCGCCGGCCUGGGCAUGGUGGGCGCCGGCCUCGUGCUCGACGUCGUGCAGCACUGGAUCGUGUUCGAAGUGAUCACGGAGAUAGUGAUCUUGGUGCCGGCAUUGCUGGGGCUGAAAGGCAACCUGGAGAUGACGCUGGCCUCCCGACUCUCCACGCAGGCCAACCUGGGCCACAUGGACACCCCUAACCAGCAGUGGAGCAUGAUCGUGGGCAACCUCACGCUCAUACAGUGCCAAGCGAUUGUUGUAGGUUUCUUGGGGUCCCUUGUGGCCAUAGUGAUGGGAGGCAUCAAGAGCUACAGCGUAGAGCUGGACCACGCCUUCUUGCUGUGCGCCAGCAGUCUGGUCACGUCCUCUCUGGCCAGCUUCGUGCUGGGUCUGAUAACCGCAGCGGUGAUAGUCUUCUCACGCCACUGCAACAUCAACCCGGACAAUGUGGCCACGCCCAUAGCCGCCAGUCUGGGAGACAUCACGUCACUCGCUCUUCUCUCGUGGAUAUCAACACUUCUGUACGACGCCAUCGGUAAAGAAGACUGGCUGGCCCCACUGAUAAUAUCCUGCUACGUGCUGAUAACGCCCCUGUGGGUGUGGAUAGCCAAGAACCACGAGCACACGCGCGAAGUGCUUCACAGCGGCUGGACUCCUGUCAUGGCGGCCAUGCUCAUCAGCAGUGCAGGAGGCCUCAUCUUGGACUUCAUGGUGUCUCGUUUCGAAGGCAUAGCGGUGUUCCAACCCGUCAUCAACGGCGUGGGCGGCAACCUGGUGGCCGUGCAGGCCAGCCGCAUAUCCACGGCCUUGCACAAGGAGGAGCAGCUGGGCCGCAUCGCCAACGAGGACACAGUGAUCUUCAUCACCCCCAGGGAGGCGUUCUUCGGGAAAGGGGUACACGCAAGAACAGCAAGAGUUCUCAUGCUAAUGGUCAUUCCAGGACACAUAAUAUUUGUCUACACUAUUAACUACAUGAAAGCUGGGUCAACGACCCUUACGCCUCUUUUCGUGUUUGUAUAUCUCUGCGCAGCAACUUUGCAGGUGGCCACCUUGCUGUACAUCGCCUACAUCAUGAUCCACUGGAUGUGGAAGAGCAACGUGGACCCGGACAACUCGGCCAUCCCCUACCUGACCUCGCUGGGCGACCUGCUGGGCAUCAGCCUGCUGGCGAUAUCCUUCCACUUCCUGUCGCUGGUGGGCGACAAGGCCCCUGACAUGGGCGCCUGAAGCGAGCCGCCUGGGCCCGUGGCCUUUGUAAAUAACCACCAUGCUACUUCUUAGGAAUGUGAUAUCAUAUAUAUGUUGAUAAAUAAAUUAUGUCUAUUGUUGUAUGUUACCUGAAAUAAUAUGUGUACAUUUCCAUUUCU